AUGCAACCUCCCCAACCCCCCCCCUUCUCUGCAGAGCCGCAGUAUAUACCGUUGCCGCUGCUGUUUCCUCCUUUAGAGCUCUACCCUGGUUUUGCUGCAGCAUCUGAAGCUAUAGGGGAUCCUCUCGUUAGGCCGCAGAGAGAGUCUCCUGCUGCUGCUGCUGCUGCUGCUGAUCCGCCUCGCCCUGAGGCAGCAGCAGCAGCGGCGGCCUCAGGGCUGCGGCAGCAGCUGCUGCAGCGCAUGCAGCAGCUAUCUGCUCUUCACCAACUUGUAGCAACAGAGCAGCAGCUUACUGUCUGUCAGAGGCCAACAGAAAGGCCCCCAGGGCCCUUCUUCACCGGGGAUGCGGAGAACUCUGCAGCAGCUGCUGCAGCAGCAACUGCAGCAACUGCAGCAGCUGCUGCAGCAGCAACACCAGCAGCACAACGAGCUGCUGAGGCGGCGUUCACUGUAACGCCAAGGGCUGAGGCAGAUUCAAGUGCAGCGCCAGCUGCUGCGACAGAGCCAAUCGCAGGUGCUGCUGCAGCACCUGAACCAGCAGCAGCAGCAGCAGCAGCAGCAGCUGAGGCGAGUACUGCCUUUCGUGCUUCCUUGCCUGAGUAUUCACCUUUGUUAAGAGGCCCCUCCGCCAGCGAAGGGCCCCAAGCCACACAUCCCUCCGCAACAGCUCUUCUAGGGGCCCCCCAGGGGGCCCCCCAGGGGUCCCCUCUAGGGGCCCCCCAAGGGCUUUCUGAAGGUUCAGUAUGGAUGCAGCGACAAGCGCAUGCGUUGAGGAUGGCGGAUAUGUAUGAAGGGCAGCUGCGGCUGUGGCAUUCAUUUGCGCGUCUGCUGCAGCUGCAGCUGCUGCAGGCUGUUCACGAGGAAGCAGCAGCAAACAAAAGCAGCAGCAGCAGCAGUGGGGAUGGUGUUUGGCCGCUGCCUGGAGCAGGGCCGACAAUUGAGGGGCCCCUUGCGGCUUUGAGAUUGGCGGCAGCAAACGCAGCAGCAAGCAGCAGCAGCAGCAGCAUGGGUGGAAGCGAACACUUCGCAGCAGGACGCCUCCCCGCGCUGCAAACACAGCAGCAGCAGCAGGGUUCAGCUGCUGCUGCCGGAGAGUCGCAGGCUGCCACAUCUGCUGCUGCUGCUGCAGCGUCGGGUGAAUCGGCUUCAGCCCCUUCAACACCCACAGGAGGAGCAGCAGCAGCAGGCGGUGGUGCGCAGCAGCAGCAGGAGCCACGACAGGACCAGCAGCAGCAGCAGCAGCAGCAGCAGCAGGGUGCGCCUUGGCGAUUGCGUUUCAUGGUGAUGUAUCUGAAGCUGCUGGUGCUGCUGUUUCUCUUUGAUGCAAACAAAUGGGUUUAUGUCUCCUGUCUGUUUGUCGCGCUGCUGCAUGCAAACGGGGCUUUCAACCCCUUAAUGGAGCUUAUCAGCAGCACCAGCCAUCGGCAGCCCUUUGAAGCUACCCUGGCGCAGCUAAGAAGAAGGAGGGAGCGGCGGCCUCUGCAGCGGCUGAGGCUGCAGCAGCAGCGGCUGCAUGCGUCUGUGGGGCGUCCGUUUGACGGAGGAGGGACUUACACCGCUACUGAAGACACCACAACGCCCCACACGGGAGAGACAGCGGCCAGCAGCAGCAACGGCGACAGCAGCAGCGGCAGCAACAGCAGCAGCAGCAGCAGCAGCAGCAACAGCAGCGGGGCGUGGGCAAGCGCCGCAGACAGGUCAUCUGAGGGUCUGCAGGAGGUCCGCAUGCGGAACCGUAUAGAUGGGGGGGCCCCCUCGGUUAAUGCUUCAUCUCCAGGGGCCCCAGAGGGCCCCCUAAGCUCUCGUAGUGGUUUCGAGGGGCCCCCCGAGGGAGCCCACCGCCCUUCACCGGGUUUAUCUGGAGAAGGGAGGGUACGGCGUGAAAGAGAGGGGCCCCAGUCAACAGAGGGGGCCCCCCUUAAUGUGCCUCCCUACUGGCAGCGUGCGCUGUAUCAGGGGGUUGCGAUGUUCUUUCUUACGACAAUUCCUUCGUGGAACCCAAACCCUGAAAUGUUGAUUGAUUAUGAAGGGCUUGAGGAAGAAGAACGAAGUCUAGCCGAUGAGGCAGAUCAGCAGCAGCUGCAACAGCAGCAGCAGCAGCAGCUGCAGCAGCUGUUGCAGCAAGAAUAA